UCAUACUUUUAUUUUAUGUGACUUUUAUUUUGACAUCAUGCCAUUUCCAGGGGGGAUUAAUCUCUCCACGCACACACUUACGCUCACGCUCUCACUUGUUCAAUAGAAGGCACGUGAAGUCAUGUUACAAGACGAUACAUGUUUAGAGCCAGAUAUUGUAAAAUAUUACUGUAACUUUUAACUAAAGGUGUUCUUUGAAGUGUUAUACCUUUCAGUGCUUGAUUUGUUUGGCAGAAAUAAUUUAAGAAUAAUUUAUGAAGUUUCUAGCUAGCUCUCCAACGUCUAAGUUAAGUUAAUGGCGGCAGCUUUCUCUGGAGUACCACUCUCUAGCACCCUUUGAUAUGCGGAGCGAGUUUUCACGGUGUUGGUGCUAUGCACACUCGUCUGAAUUAAAGUACACCCGUCUGGAAACACUCCCAAGCCUGUUUAUUCUAAGUCGAAGGGCUGCUACAGUGAAAACUCGUCGCUCGAUGUGGAGUGAAACUCAACUCGACGUUAGAAGGACUGCCAUCCGCUAUUCUGUGUACAAGACUGCCACCUGCUGUUCACACACCCUCACUUCAACCGGCACUCAGGCAAGAUCGGUCUAUUACAGUUAUGCUGAUUGCUGCAUAAAAUCAAGGGGACUCUUUGAUUGCGAACAGUGAUAUUUAUGUAAUGAACUUAAGUCACCUUUAUAAACAAUAUACUGUACAUGUUUGAUGCUCUAAAUUAAUCAUACAUUUGAAAGAUGAAUUCAAAGAUAGAGAAGGGUGAUAAAAAAAAAAAAAAAACUAUUGAACAAAUUGAACCUGUUAAUGUAAAUUCAUUCACGGGUAAAUCUGUAUUAUAGCAUUCAUUGCUAAGCUGUUUGUGUGUUAGCCUACAUUUUGUUGAUGAUAAUCGCCCCCAGUGCAGUUUGGUAUUUGUUGAGUUAUUUAGCUAUAUUUCAGUAAUUAAACUAUAGUUUAGUAGUUCAAUAUAACCAAACAGCAACACAACUUCAAAAAUGUCACUUAAUGGAGAAGAAGUAGAUAGCACACAUAACCCACUCACAAAAACAGAUAACCCACAGCCAGUCAGGUCUAGUUCCCGUGAAAGAACAUUUACAGAAAAGGGAUUUGAGAUGCACAAACAGGAAGCCAUUAGAAAGAAUUCAUGAGAGCUUAUGGCUACUGGAAAGAGGUGGCAGGAAAGGUUAGGACCGCACUAAAAUCAUUCUGUUCUCAAGAUGAACUAAAUAAAAUCAGAGAAGAAAUCCAAAGUCAACACAGUGCAGUAAGUGAAUGUUAUGAGCCCAUCCAACGCAACCACAAUGCUACCCCAGACAUUGUACCAAAAAUGGAUGCUUGUAUAGCACUCACUGCAGAGAUCAGCGAAAUAAUAAGGCAGCGGCUAGAAACUGUAGAUGAGGCCUUCAAUACAGAACUUGAGAAACUACGAGUGAGGAUGGCACUUAAGAAGGAUGAGUAUGGAUCUAUCUUCGGACAUACAAGGACAGAUACUGUACUCUCUCUAUCAGAAAAUUCCAUCCACUCACAGGGCUCAAGCAAACAUGCAGAUGCGGGAGCAGAACUCGCAGCUCAACAAUAAAGGAUUAAAGCAGUAUAUCAAAUACAAGCUCAAGAAGAAGUUCUUAGCAAGUUAGAAGAAGAGAAGCAGCUAGUUCUUAAAAGGUUAGAAGAAGAAAGGCAAGUAGCUCUUAAAAGGUUAGAGGCAAAUAUGCGUCAGGAAAAGAAAAGACUACAGCAAAUUCAAGCAGAGUCAGAAGUAAGAAUAGCGGAGGCGAGAGUAAACGCAUACGAGAGCCUCGAACAUGACUCCAAAGACUGGCUAAAAGAGACUGAUCUCACAGUUGAAUUCAAAAGCCAGCUCAAUCCAAGGGCCAACGCAUACCUCCACAAGCACACGCCAAUGCGCUAGCAUCUCCUGAGAAGGACAGCCUUACCCAAGCACUCAUUAACUCACUCAGUAUGAAUCGCCUGCCUGCUCCUGAGCCACCAAAGUUCUCUGGCGAAGCCCUAAAGUAUGUAGACUGGAAGAUGUCCUUCAUGGCCCUCAUAGACCACCAGCCUCUCCCAGCUCAUGAAAAAAUGUUCUACUUAAAAACCUAUCUGAGCGGAGAAGCACGUAAAGCUGUAGAGGGAUUCUUCUAUAGAAACUCUGAAGAAGCAUAUCAGGGGCCUUAAAGGUCCUGGAAGAAAGGUACGGAAACCACUUCAUUGUGCAAAUGGCCUUUAGAGACAAGCUCAUGAAAUGGCCCAAUAUUGGUACCAGUGAUCCCGCUGCACUUCGAGAGUUUGCUGACUCCCUGCAAGGAUGCGUUGAAGCGAUGCCUCAUGUGAAGGGAUUGGCCAUUUUGGACGACUGUGAAGAGAACCACAAGUUGCUGAAGAAAUUACCUGACUGGAUCACACGCAGAUGGAGCAGAAUCGUCACGGAAAGGUUAGAUGAAUCCGGGGAUUACCCAAGCUUUUCCUGUUUCACAAGGUUCAUCCAGAAGGAGGCUCGGAUAGCCUGUAACCCUGUCGCCUCUCCACUUCUGAUCAAGGCUACAGAUGACAGGCAGUCCAAAAAAACUAGAGCACUUCACACAAACAGUUAAAGGAACAAUCCCACGGAAAGGGUUGAGAAAGUGUUCAACACCAAGUCAAGGCCACCUUGUCCUAUCUGCCAAGAUAAGAUGCACGGCGUCGUGAAGGGCCCUACCUUUGCAGCAAAAUCCCUGGAAGACAAGAAAGCCAGCAUACGGGAAAACAAUUUGUGCUACGGAUGUUUGAGAAAGGGACAUAACAGUAAGGAUUGCAAAACGCGACACACUUGUGUCAUAUGCGGCAGACGUCACCCCACCUGUCUACAUGAAGCGAGAGAGAACCGAUCUGUGGAAUCAAAAGAGAAACAGUCCACUUCCACAGACAAAGUCAAAGAUCAAAGUGACGUCCCAUGCAGUGACGCAGCGCGUCUUCGCCACAUCAAGCAUUGUCCCUGUUUUCAUGUAAUCUGUAAAUGAACCACAGAAAGAAGUUGUAAAGGGUGCUCUUCUAGACACGCAGAGUGACUCGACAUUCGUCUUGGAAGACUUACUCGAAGAGCUGAACGUGGAGACUAAACCAGUACAGCUCAAACUAAGCACCAUGACAGCUGUUGACACACCCAUAGCCAGCAAAAGUGUCUAUGGUCUACGAGGACAGGACUACAGUCUGAAAACCAGAUUCAGCUACGCCAAGCCUACACCCGUGGCUUCAUCCCGGUUGACAAGUCCUACAUUCCGACUUCCAAAACAGCGCUGCUCUGGCCUCACCUAAAGCAUCUAGCGAACAAACUUCCGCUGCUGAAGGACUGUGAGGUGGGACUGUUAAUUGGAAGUGAUUGCCCGUUGGCGUUAGCCCCCCAGGAAGUCGUCACAGGAGGCGAAAAUGAUCCAUUCGCCCAGAGAACGGAACUUGGCUGGCGUAUAGUAGGCUCAUCCAAUCCACAUCUGGAUCGCCAGGGAAACCAGAGAUUCAUCCAUCGAGUGACAAUGAAGGAAAUACCUGCGCCAUCAACCAACGAUGUGCUGAAGGUCUUGGAAUCAGACUUCAAUGAAAGGAAGUAUGCAGACAAAGACAAGUAUGUGUCUCAGGACGACGUUCGCUUCAUUCAGCUUCUGAGUGACAACAUAAUUCAAAGGAAAGAUAGACACUAUGAAAUGCCCCUCCCUUUCAAGAGCACAGAGCUUCCUCUGCUACCAGACAACAAGAAGCUGGCAACAGUUCGACUGCAGCACUUAAAGAGAAGAUUGAAAAAUAACGAGCGGUAUAAAGAACAGUACAAGGCCUUCAUGAAGGAUAUGAUAAAGAAAGGUAACGCAGAGCCAGCCUCUCCUGUGACAGGACAGAAAACUACGUGGUACAUACCACACCAUGGGGUGUUCCACCCCAAGAAGCCAGAGAAGCUAAGGGUCGUCUUUGACUGUUCAGCGAAGUUCCGUGGCAUCUCACUAAAUGAUACUUUGCUAACAGGUCCUGAUCUGAUCAACUCUCUCCUUGGAGUGCUAUGUCGUUUUAGGAAAGAGGCCGUAGCCAUCAUAUGUGACAUCGAGAAAAUGUUCCACCAGUUUUACGUUUCUCCUGAACUACAAAACUACUUACGGUUUCUCUGGUGGGAAGAUGGAGACCUCGAAGCAGAGCCUCAAGAGUAUCAAAUGGCUGUCCACCUAUUCGGCGCCACUUCGUCACCCGGAUGUGCCAACUUUGGUCUGAAGUACUUGGCACGUCAACACAAGGGAGAGUAUCCAUCAGCGUCAGCCUUUGUUGAAAGGAACUUCUACGUCGAUGAUGGGCUUAUCAGCGUCCCCUCUGUAGAAGAAGCAAAGGAGUUGAUUGCUGAAGCACGAGAGUUGUGAAAGAGAGGAGGUUUGCAUCUACACAAGUUCAACUCAAAUGAAAGGUCAGUUCUGGACUCUGUGGACCCAACUGAGAGAGCAGUCACAUCUGAACCCCUCAAUCUGGACCUAAAUGCAGCUCCAGCAGAACGUGCUCUUGGUAUUCAGUGGUCCCUUGAACAAGACACCUCCAGCUUUAAUGUAAACCCUCAGACCAGGCCCUCCACACGUCGUGGCAUCCUAUCCGUCAGUCCUUGGGCUUCCUACGAUCCAGUCAGAUUCGUGGCUCCAUUUAUCUUAACCGGAAAGUGCAUCCUCCAGGAGCUGUGCCAUCGAGGCAUUGGCUGGGAUGACCCACUUCCCGAAGACUUAAGUCCACGGUGGGAGAGAUGGAAGAGUGACCUACAAGGGCUGAAGGAAGUCUUAAUACCGAGAUGUUACCAACCACAAGGCUUCUGCAAAACGGUCACAAGGGAACUCCACCACUUCUCGGAUGCCAGCAAUAUAGGAUAUGGCUCGUGUUCCUAUCUGAGAAGCAAGAAUGAAGAUGGUGAAGGUUACUGCAGCCUCGUGAUGGCAAAGGCUAGAGUUGCGCCUACAAAACUCACAAGCAUUCCAAGAUUGGAACUUUCAGCAGCAGUGGUCGCUGCAAGAUCAAGUGUCAUGCUGAGAAACGAGCUUGAAAUGUCGACCCAAGAAGAAUUUUUCUGGACUGACUCCCAAGUUGUCCUGGCUUAUAUCAAUAAUGAAGCAAGAAGGUUCCAUGUCUUCAUUGCCAAUCGUGUGCAAAUGAUCAGAGAACACACCAGCCCCAGCCAGUGGCACUACGUAGACACAACAGGAAACCCUGCUGACCAUGCGUCGAGAGGUCUAAAUGCAGCAGACAUCUCCUCAACAAACUGACUAUCAGGUCCCAAGUUCCUGUGGGAACAAGAAAUACAUCCAGAGUCUCACCUAACUCCUGAGUUGCUCCUCGGUGAUCCCGAGGUCAGGUCAAUGCAGGCGUUCACAACUAAAGUUGAACCUUCAAAGUCAGACUUUCUUACCCGUCUAGAUCGAUUCUCCUCCUGGUCAAAACUCCUGAAAGUCAUUGCAAGAAUCAAGAGGCUGAAUUCAAAGCAAACCCAUCUUGGCAAACC